AUGCGGCAUAAUAUUUUUUGCACCCCUCCACCACAUAAACUCGCCACCUUCCAUCACCAGGAAUCAUUUGCAUUUCUAGGCAGCGUCUACGACUACAUCCGGAGUACCGAGCUGUCCUGGGGUGAGAUGCUGCGUAUUGCCGUCGGCAUGGCGCGUGGAUUGAGCCACCUGCACACAGAGUUGCCCCACACUGCAUUCCAGGAGGGCAAACCCAGUAUUGCCCACCGAGACUUCAAGUCGCGCAAUGUCCUUCUUAAAUCCGAUCUCACAGCCUGCAUCAGUGACAUGGGACUGGCGAUAAUUCUUGAGUCUGGCAAGUGCAUCGGCGAUGCGCACCUUCAGGUACUUCCUUACAUCCGAAAUUUUUUUCUGGAUAAAAAGGGCUUGCUGUGGUGGGGAGACGCAUGUAACUCCCGAGACUGA